GGCAGCAGGGGGAGGUGGAGGCCGUGGAGCGGCAGCGGCGGGUCCCGGGACCGAGGCAGCAGCGGGGGCGCCGGCGGGCGGAAGCUGAGGUGACGAAGGCGGCGGCGGCGGCGGCGGCCGUUUCCCUCACGGUGGCGGAGACCAAGGCAGCGGCGGCGGCGGCGGACGGGGAGCGGCCCGGCCCCGGCCCCCUGCUCGUCGGCUGUAGCAGGGCCGCCGUGGGGCCGGCCCGGCUCCCGCCCCCCGCGGCUCCCCCUCCGGCUCCUCCUCCAGGGAGACGCCGGGGACCCGGCCCGGCCCGCACUCAGGGCUCUGUUUCAGCUGCUGCCGGGCCAGUCGGAGGUGGUGGCGGCGCCAUGGGCGGCCUGGCCUCUGGGGGGGAUGUGGAGCCGGGACUGCCCGUCGAGGUGCGGGGCUCCAACGGGGCCUUCUACAAGGGCUUUGUAAAGGAUGUCCAUGAAGACUCUGUCACUAUCUUCUUUGAGAACAACUGGCAGAGUGAGAGACAGAUUCCCUUUGGGGAUGUCCGACUACCGCCUCCAGCUGACUACAAUAAGGAAAUCACAGAAGGAGAUGAAGUAGAGGUCUAUUCGAGAGCCAAUGAACAGGAACCUUGUGGCUGGUGGCUGGCCCGGGUGCGGAUGAUGAAGGGAGAUUUCUAUGUCAUUGAGUACGCUGCCUGUGAUGCUACCUACAAUGAGAUUGUCACUCUGGAACGACUUCGGCCAGUCAAUCCCAGUCCCCUUGCAACCAAAGGCAGCUUCUUCAAGGUUACCAUGGCUGUGCCUGAGGACCUCAGGGAGGCCUGCUCCAAUGAAAAUGUCCAUAAGGAGUUCAAGAAAGCACUGGGAGCCAACUGCAUCUUUCUCAACAUCACAAACAGUGAGCUCUUUAUUCUGGUGGUGAUGGUGCACGCCUUUAAUCCCAACACUCAGGAAGCAGGCAGAGGCAGGCGGAUCUCUGUGAGUUCAAGGCCAGCCUGGUCUACAGAGUGAGUUCCAGGACAGCCACAGCUACACAGAGAAACCCUGUCUUGAAAAACAAACAAAAAGCCAACUUCCUUUCAUUAUUCCUGCCCUUUUUCAGGAACUGGCAUUCUAAUGCCAAGUCUCUAAUGCUUCCAUGGUGUGUAUUUUGCUUUAAAAAGUUAUUUUUACUUUAUGUGUAUUGCUGGUUUGCCUGCAUGUGCAUCUAUGUGAGGGUGUCAGAUCUCCUGGAACUGGAAUUACAGACAAGUGUGAACUGCCAUGUAGGUUCUGGGAAUUGAACCUAGCUCCUCUGUCAGAGCAGUCAGUUCUCUUAACCUCUGAGCCACUUGUCUCUGCCCAUAUAUUUUGCUUUUAUACUUCUUGUUCAUCAUUCCCCAGUCAACCACAGAAGCCCCUGUGAAGAGGGCAUCUUUGUUGGGUGAUAUGCAUUUCCGAAGCCUUCGCACCAAAUUGCUGCUCAUGUCCCGCAAUGAAGAAGCUACUAAGCACCUAGAGACAAGUAAGCAGCUGGCAGCAGCCUUCCAAGAGGAGUUCACAGUGCGAGAGGACCUGAUGGGUCUGGCGAUCGGAACGCACGGUGCCAACAUCCAGCAGGCUCGGAAAGUGCCCGGAGUGACUGCCAUUGAGUUGGGUGAAGAGACCUGCACUUUCCGAAUCUAUGGGGAGACACCAGAGGCAUGCAGACAGGCUCGAAGCUACCUUGAAUUUUCCGAGGACUCUGUACAAGUGCCCAGGAACCUGGUUGGCAAAGUGAUCGGAAAGAACGGGAAAGUGAUUCAGGAGAUUGUGGAUAAGUCUGGUGUGGUGAGGGUUCGUGUGGAAGGAGAUAACGACAAGAAGAACCCCAGGGAGGAGGGAAUGGUUCCCUUCAUAUUUGUUGGCACCCGAGAGAACAUCAGCAAUGCCCAGGCACUGCUUGAGUAUCACCUCUCCUACCUGCAGGAGGUUGAACAGCUUCGCCUGGAGAGACUGCAGAUUGACGAACAGCUUCGGCAGAUUGGGCUGGGCUUUCGCCCUCCUGGGAGUGGACGGGGUGGCAGUGGUGGUGGCAGUGACAAGGCGGGCUAUACCACAGACGAAAGCUCCUCCUCUUCCCUGCACACGACCAGAACCUAUGGGGGCAGCUAUGGGGGCCGGGGCCGGGGCCGGAGGACUGGUGGUCCUGCCUAUGGCCCCAGCUCAGACCCCUCCACAGCUUCAGAGACAGAGUCAGAAAAGAGAGAGGAGUCUAAUCGAGCAGGACCUGGUGACAGAGAUCCCCCAAGCCGUGGAGAAGAAAGCAGGAGGCGGCCGAUUGGGGGCCGGGGAAGGGGACCCCCACCUGUUCCCCGGCCUACCUCAAGAUAUAACUCAUCAUCUAUUAGCUCAGUGCUAAAGGAUCCAGACAGCAAUCCUUACAGCCUCUUGGACACAUCUGAACCAGAGCCUCCAGUUGAUUCGGAGCCUGGUGAACCUCCUCCAGCAAGUGCCCGUCGUCGCCGUUCCCGCCGCCGCCGUACUGAUGAAGACAGGACUGUCAUGGACGGAGGCCUGGAGUCUGAUGGUCCUAACAUGACAGAGAAUGGCCUGGAAGAUGAAUCAAGACCCCAGAGACGAAAUCGCAGCCGCCGCCGCCGUAAUCGUGGUAACCGGACUGAUGGGUCCAUCAGUGGAGACCGCCAACCAGUGACUGUGGCUGACUAUAUCUCACGGGCAGAGUCUCAGAGCCGCCAGCGGCCCCUGGAACGCACGAAACCCUCAGAGGAUUCUCUUUCAGGACAGAAGGGUGACUCUGUCAGCAAGCUUCCCAAGGGCCCCUCAGAGAAUGGGGAGCUCUCUGCCCCCUUGGAGUUGGGUAGUUUGGUGAAUGGAGUUUCAUAAAACCUCCGGUCCACAUCCCUCCUUUCUCCAUCUCGCUUGCUGCCCACCACCAUGGCCCUCAUGGGUCCAACUGACCUGCGCUGGAGCUGCUCUUAUCUACGGGGGAGGGGGGUGGCACAGCAGCUUGGGUCCCCCCCAACCUCCAGGAGCUAGUGGAGGGGUGUGUAACAGGGUCAUACCCCUCCCUCUUGUCCACCCUACCCCCAGGGUGAGGGAGCCUCCCCUUCCCUUUCAGACUGGAUGUGCCUUUAUCCUCUAAUGCCCCGACCUCUGAACACCCCCAUUCUCCGCCUGUUGGUGGGGGUGCUCCUUGACCCACCCAGAUUUGACAGUUCAGGGGGGCUCCCCUGCUAUCCCUCCUCCCAUCCUGUACCCCCCAUUUCUGGGGCCUCAUCACUGUGGAAGACGGGGAUAGUGAGGGUAUUCGUGGGUGGGAGGCAUGGGGAAGGUUUUGGAAUAGAACCAGGGGUAUGUAUGAAGGGGGGUGACAAGGUCUCCCAGGGGAGUUGGGAGGAAAUAACCUUGUCUGGUGGAUGAGAAGGCGUAUUUAUUUUUCACUGUACAGUAUUUAAAAAGAGAAUAAAAAAAUCCAAAUGGC